AAAUGGGAUUUUCUAUGAAACAACUCACAGGCUUUAAAAAACUUGUUGCAGAUAGCCAAAUCAAUGAUUGCAGCUGGGGAGGCUUUAGCUAGAAACUCUUCAAGUGCAGCAGAACAGCGGCAGCCCAUAGAAGAAACGAGGACACUAAAGUUUGGAACAUUGCAAGUGGAGCUAACUUCCAAAAAGGCCUACAUUGGCUCUAUUAUUGCAUUGGUUUUUGGAACCCUUUCAUGGCAAUUUUCUGCGGCCGUUCAGAGUAUACCUGAGUACUCAUUGCAGUAUGCAAAUGACAAUGCUUUGCUACUAGCGAAGUCCUUGAGGGGAGCUUUAUUGGCUAUCUGCUACUCAAGUACAAUUCUAUCAGGUUUUACCACGGUAGGUUUGAUUCUCUUUGGAAGACAGUUGAGCUCUGAAGGAAAGUAAGUAUUAUAGAGCGGAAAGGAUGUGAUUAAUUGAAUCAUAGAGGGCACAAUUCAUAGUCUAGGGUAUUUUAUUUACCAUAUGUGCAAAUAAGCACUGAAGAGAGAGCAAGAAUUAAGGAUGGGGAACAAACAAGAACAUAGAUGAAUUCCAUUACUUGCUUCAAGCAAAAAAAUAUUGUAUGUAUAAAUAGAUGUAUCAUUUCACCCUACUCCAAUGGAACGGGUCCUGUGCAAAAGGUAAACAUGUGACAUUACUAAAGUCUAAAUUGUUUAUAUGAAUAGAAGAUUUGGAAUUUGGUUUGUAUCAAACUUGGAAGAGUUAUGACAAAAAAACUUGUUUUAAUUCA